CAGCUGUUGGCCGAGUGGACAGAGACCUUCCCACGGGACUUCCAGGAGGAGUCGACCAUCGGGCACCUGAAGGACGUGGUGGGCCUCAUUGCCCCCUGUGACAAGGCAUACUGGAAGAGGAUGCAGCAGCUCCUGCAGGCACUGCACCAGAGGCUAGCAGUCCUGGGCCAGGGCCCAGAAGGUCUGGUGGGCGCCGACAAGCCCAUCUCCUACAGGACCAAGCCGCCGGCCUCCAUCCACAGGGAGCUCCUUGGCAUCUGUAGUGAGCCCUACACGCUGGCCCAGCAGCUGACCCACGUGGAGCUGGAACAGCUGCGACACAUCGGGCCUGAAGAGUUUGUCCAGGCUUUUGUGAACAAGAACCCUCUAGCCAGUACAAAGCCUUGUUUCAGUGACAAGACUAAUAACCUGGAGGCUUACAUGAAAUGGUUCAACAGAUUGUGCUACCUCGUGGCAACCGAGAUCUGCAUGGUGAGUAGAAAAAGAAACAGGGCCCAGGUGAUCGAGUUCUUCAUUGAUGUGGCCCGAGAGUGCUUCAACAUCAGCAACUUCAACUCUCUGAUGGCCAUCAUCUCGGGCAUGAACAUGAGCCCUGUCUCCAGGCUGAAGAAGACCUGGGCCAAACUGAAGAUGGCCAAGUUUUUCAUCCUCCAGCACCAGAUGGACCCAACAGGGAACUUUUGCAACUACAGGACAGCCCUGCGAGGGGCUGCCCACCGCUCCCUGACCGCCCACAGCAGCCGGGAAAAAAUCGUCCUUCCCUUCUUCAGUUUGCUCAUCAAAGACAUCUACUUCCUCAACGAGGGCUGCGCCAACAGCCUUCCCAAUGGAUGCGUCAACUUUGAGAAAUUUUUGGAGCUGGCCAAGCAGAUUGGAGAGUUCAUCACAUGGAAACAAGUGGAGUGUCCCUUCGAGCAAGACCCCAGCAUCACCUACUACCUGUACACCGCCCCCAUCUUCAGUGAGGAUGGUCUUUAUUUGGCUUCUUAUGAAAGUGAAAGCCCAGAGAACCAGACAGAAAAAGAGAGGUGGAAAUCUCUAAGAUCUUCUAUUUUGGGGAAGACAUGAGAAGCGCUGAGUGGAAGGAGAGGAAGAGAUGGAGGCAGCAGAAGCCUUCUGCAGCCCUGCCCCAGAUGGCCCCAUGGGCAGAAGCAGAGGCAGUGCCUCACUGUUUUGCAAAC